AUGGAUCUGGACGCUGGCGACUCUCCGUGGGGCGAUGUGCCCUCGCAGUCGACUAACAAUCAUGGUGCGGCCCGGUCGGAUACUGAAGGACCACCUCCGGAGCAGUCCCCACAACAGUCGGCCUCUUCUCGCUCCAAUGUACGACGAAACCCACGGGGCACGCGCAAGAUCAGCGCGCAAGCAACAAAACUAGACGAUGAUACCUUUGAUCCGCUGGGUCCGCUAGGCGACAAGGCUAGUGAAAGUAGUCCAAUUGCCGUCGAACAAGCUCCUAUACCCCCUCAGAAAGAAGCAUUCGCGGGUCGCAAUGUUCGUCCAACAUCCUCGGCGUCCCAGGCCUCCAGCGGUGCUGGUAUGCUGGAUUCUGUGAACCUGGAAGAGGAUGGCGCGAGUUUUAAGGGUCCUCCGCCGGUGCAGCCUCCGAGCGAUGUGGAGGGUGCGCAAAGGCAACAGCAGCCUAGCGUCAGCGUCGAGAAAGCUGCCAACCCGACCUUUGACAUUACAGUUGGUGAUCCUCACAAGGUGGGGGAUUUGACCAGCAGCCAUAUUGUGUAUCAAGUGAGAACCAAGACAACCUCCAAAGCUUAUCGCCAGCCCGAAUUUACCGUCAGCCGACGAUACCGUGAUUUCCUAUGGCUUUACAAUUCUAUGCACAGUAAUAAUCCCGGCGUGGUUGUGCCUCCUCCACCUGAGAAACAGGCCGUAGGUCGAUUCGAUACGAACUUUGUCGAGUCUCGGCGAGCCGCCCUCGAGCGUAUGCUUAACAAGAUUGCUGCUCACCCCAUUCUCCAACAUGAUGGCGAUCUUAAAAUCUUCCUUGAGAGUGAAACUUUCAACCUGGAUGUCAAGAACAAGGAAAAUAGGGAGCCGGAUUUGGGUCAGAACAAGGGUAUGUUCAGCUCGUUCGGACUUGGCGUUGGUGGUGGCGGCAAAUUUGUUGAACAUGACGAUUGGUUUCAUGAUCGAAAGGUUUAUUUGGAUGCGUUGGAAAAUCAACUCAAGGCAUUGAUGAAAGCUAUUGACACGGUUGUUGCACAAAGAAAGGGACUCGCGGAGGCCGCCGGCGAUUUCUCGACCUCCAUCCAGUCACUAGCGGCUGUUGAGCUUUCUCCUAUCCUGUCCGGUCCCUUGUACGGUCUCUCGGAUCUCCAGGUACGCAUUAAGGAGUUAUACGAACGCCAAGCGCAGCAGGACGUGCUCACCCUCGGAAUUACGAUUGAUGAAUAUCUCCGCUUGAUUGGCAGUGUCAAAACCGCUUUCUCCCAACGGCAAAAGGCUUUCCACAGCUGGCAUGCCGCUGAAUCUGAGUUGCAGAAACGCAAACACAACCAGGAGAAGCUCCUUAGGCAAGGAAAGACGCAACAAGAUCGCCUGAACCAGGCCAACGCGGACGUAGCCGAUGCCGAGAGGAAGGUUCACCAAGCAAGACUACUAUUCGAGGACAUGGGCCGGCUGAUGCGGAAUGAGCUGCAGAGAUUUGAAAAGGAAAAGGUGGAAGACUUCAAGUCUGGCGUGGAAACCUUCCUGGAAAGCGCCGUAGAAGCUCAAAAAGAGUUGAUCGAGCUCUGGGAGACCUUCCUACUGCAACUCGACGCUGGUGAAGAGGGCAACCCCUUCUAUCCGCCUACUGCAGGCGAGACUGCCCCCACGGAGCCAACAGAGGGUGUUCCGGAAGCUGCUCCAGUACCAACAGCCGAAGAGGCAUAA